AUGAAGUGUCACAUUGAGCACCAAUGUAAGAAAUGUUCGUUUAAGAAGACGGAUAAAUCUCAGACGACUCUAGGUUGGAAGGUGGAGGGAGGAAGUGGUAGUGAUAGUGGAGAACUUGUACCUAUUGCAUUUAGUGUUGAGACUUGCCGACAAGCCUUAGCAGAGAUGAUUAUUCUUGAUGAAUUGCCCUUUAGGCAUGCUGAAGGGGAGGGUUUCAAGAAGUUUAUGCUUGUGGAAAAUGAAGAAGGGCAUUCUCCUCAGCGCACAAUUUUCCAACAUGAAGAUGUAGCUUCUUCAGCUGACAAGGUGGCUAGUAGAAAGGCAAAAAUUAUGGCUGAAUUUAAGCAACAGUUGCAGUUAAAAGAUAGUUUGGAAAGUAAGUCAGAGCUUGAUAGAUAUCUAGCUGAAAGAUGUGAGGAUGAAAAUGAUAGUUUUGACCUUCUAAUUUGGUGGAAGGUGAAUUCAGUUAGAUAUCGCGUACUUUCAAAGGUUGCACGCAAUGUACUUGCAAUACCGGUAUCUAUUGUGGCCUCUGAAUCUACAUUUAGCACUGUGGGUCGUGUACUUGACCCUUUCUGA